GGGGCCCGAGAAAGACUUCUCCCACUGGCCGACGCAGCCUCUCCAGCCCCCAACCCUCCGCCCUCGAGGGAAACUCCCUCUACUUCCUCCCCUUCUUUAAAGGAUGUGCCAAAAUAAGCAGCUAUGGGCCAGACGAUGAACACCUUUUCCACUGGUUGAUAGCAGUGGCUCACACAGUUCUGAAGAACCCUAAGAAGCAGCCUGGAGGGAAACGCUCAGUAGAACCACCAUGGACACCGUUAAGAUAGCCUUACUCAUCUUCCUUCUAACCUCGCUCCAGCUCCUCACAACAGAUGCUUCUUUUGUUACCACACAAAAAUCAGCAGAACAUUCAACAACAGGCAAACCAUCAGAAACUACGACUGUUCCUCUUUCCACUGUAAAGAACCUUGGUGCAAAUGUUACUGCAACCAGCGUUACUGCAACCAGCGUUACUGCAACCAGCGUUACUGCAACCAGUGUGACCCCAACCAGUGUGACCCCAACCAGUGUGACCCCAACCAGUGUGACCCCAACCAGUGUGACCCCAACCAAUAAUUCUACCUGGAAUUCUGCCACAGCGCUUGCUACAUCAAGAGUAACAGAAAAUACAAAAAUGUCAUCCUCACCCCAAGCCCCAGUGAAUUCCGCAUCUCCAUAUACUAAGGAUAAUGAAACACAAGGGACCCAGGCCCCAACAACUGUUACCAAGAGUGACAUUUCUCACCUUAACAAAAAGCUCUCAGGUUCAGAGGAUGAAAAUACAGAUCAAGAUAAAGUCAAGGACAAUAAGAAUACGGAUCAUGUCGAUAAGAACCUGCUGUGGAUUCUUUUGCCAGUCCUGGCACUUGUGGGGGCUGCUGUCGUGGUCCUUCUGAAAAGUAAAUGCAUGAAGGACCACGAUCACACAGAGAUAACUGAUAAUGGAACAGAAAAUGCCUCUUUCCAGAGCAGGCCAGACAACGCCAAAGACGGUGUCAUGCUUCUCGGGGUGAAGUCUUCAGGUGGUGAAGACAAUGCUGCUGCAAGAUAAACGGGAGGCCAUCCCAUUUGAAAGGACCAAUGGAUGAGGACGAGCUCUUACAACCCGAAAAAUGGUCCAGAUCCCUUCACCUUCAACGAUCUAAACCUUUAUGGACAAUCAAAUACAGCGUUACAGAAUCACAAAAGUUACUGAAGUGGGAACAUUUGUAUAUGGUUUGUGAGUAUUGUAGGAUAUGGGGCUCUUAACUGAACACGUGUCUGUUAGAAGGUAUAGCAUGUUUUAUUAUGUACUUCAUUGUUUUGUGUAUUCCUAUUUUGAUGGUAAUUUAGUCAAGAAGGAAUUGUGAUUUUAAUUUAAUCAAGACCAAACAUACAGACAUUUUAGUCAGGAAAACGAUGCUGGAUUCUGAAUUAACAUGAAUAAAUGAACCCAAAUUCUCAUUGUCUGAGUGUAAGAUGAUUGUCUCACCCCUGUAUUCAAGAUACGGGUUUUGAUUUGAUUAAAUCACCCAAACAUGCAUGAAAUCCAAAUGUACUGAACCUGAAUUCAACACACAAUUCCUCGAUUUAAACCAGUUAGUGACCAAUACACAUGGUUAACAAGUGUUUGUAUGCUUUAAAUCUGUUUAAAAUAAAUAUUUAGUUUUCAGUGUAAAUGCCAGGAUUGUAAAGAUGAGCUUUUUUACCAGUAUGUUUCCUGCUUUUGAACAAGUUAUUCUGUAUAUUAGCUGUUGCUUGUCAGAAAACCUUUGUCAAAUGUUUCCCAAGGAGGGUUGGAUUUGUUUAAAUCACAGAUGUAUGUUUCCCAAGGAGGGUUGGGUUUGUUUAAAUCACAGAUGUAUGUUUCCCAAGGAGGGUUGGGUUUGUUUAAAUCACAGAUGUAUGUUUCCCAAGGAGGGUUGGGUUUGUUUAAAUCACAGAUGUAUGUUUCCCAAGGAGGGUUGGGUUUGUUUAAAUCACAGAUGUAUGUUUCCCAAGGAGGGUUGGGUUUGUUUAAAUCACAGAUGUAUGUUUCCCAAGGAGGGUUGGGUUUGUUUAAAUCACAGAUGUAUGUUUCCCAAGGAGGGUUGGGUUUGUUUAAAUCACAGAUGUAUGUUUUACAACAUUUGGGGUUAAAGCAAAUAAACUAAACGUGUUUAUGUUUUGUAACGGAGCAAAUCCAUAAGAUUUCCCUCUGGUCAAAGAUGAUUUGAAUUUCAAAAAAUACAGAACAGCGCUGUUUUACUGAUCGGCAUUAGUUGAAUAUUUGUUGUUUUGCACCUGUACAUGCUAACAAAACAUUGGCGCCAUUAUACAAUGAUUAAAGUUCAUGUUGAUUUUGGA